GUGCUGAGAGUGAUGCAGCAUCAAUUGGAUCUUCAGACAUUUCAGCAGAGAUAGAGGAUUUACAAACUGACACUGUUUACUUGGUAAAACUAAAACGAUGAAUAUUCUAAGGAGCGCGGUUAUUUUAAUGUUGGUGUUCUCGGCGUCCCUAGCAGCACCUAGAUCACCAAGGGACUCAUGUGACAGGGGUGUCUCGGGACCUGUUUGUGGCUCAAAUGGCAAAUUGUACAACGAUAAAUGUGACUUAGAAGAAGAAGAUGCUUAUACUCAACAGAAUAUAAGGGUUACCAACUACGAGUACUGCCGCUCGUCUGGUCGUGCCCCUCAAGCACCGAGUCGACCAGGCUACAACCCUCCCGCCAGAGCUCCCGCACCUUAUCCUCCAGCGAGAGGUCCAGUUCCGCGACCGGCUCCUAGGGCCCCUGCUGCACCACCCCGGGCGCCAGGAUUUGCACCAGCUCCAAAUGCUCCUACACCACACAACCCGGAUCAAAGAUACGCUGGAGGAUCGUCAGGUUCUGAGCACAAUAUCCCUGGCUAUGCACCAUCACCUGGAGCACCCGGAGCACCUGGUUACGCACCUCCACCACCAGCACCUAGGGCUCCUGGGUAUGCCCCAUUACCCCCACGACGUGCGGCUCCCGGAUUUGCACCCCCAGGAUUUGCACCACCAGCUCCUCGACAAUUUGCUCCAUCUGCGCCAGGAGUUGGAUACGCUCCAAGCGCUCCAGCAGCUGGUGCCUUCGGUGUUUUCGCUGACGGUGGAGACGGUGCUGGCGGUGAAGGUGCAGAAGCUAGUACAGAUGUCUCUGGUAGUGAUGGAGAUGACAGCGAGAGCAGCGAGGAGGGCUACGAUUACGACGGUAGUGACGGAAUAGAUGGUGAAGAGGAAACAGAAGGUGCCGAUGGUGUUAAUGGUGCUGAUGCAGGGACUGGCACUACUGGUGGAGUAUCUGGUGCUCCAAGUGGGCCCGGUGUUGCCGGUGCCCCAAACGGACCAGGUGUUUUCCAGCGUGGUCCUAAUGUACCUGGUGUUUCUCGUCCAGGUGGACCUCCUCGAGCACCUUCUGGCCCAUAUGUUCCCAAUACGCCACGUCGCCCUUACACUCCUACAUUCGGUCGUGCUGCUCCAGCUUUACCAAGAGCCCCUGGUGUAGCCCAGGCAGCCCCCCGUGCUCCAGGUGGCAGCUAUGGUACAACUGGCUGCACUCAGAAUGCCCCUGGCAAUACGUGUACAUCUUAUGGUGCCAAUGACAAUGAUGACUAGGCGAUUCCAACACUGUAUUAGAACAAAG